AUGUCUUCUUCUUCCUCUUCCGCACCACCCAUCCCAUUCUCCUCCCUCCCCCUCCACAAAUCCCCCACCUCCGCCCGCCUGAACGCAUGGGGCCUCUACGGCGAUUCCGACGAACUCGGCUUCCUCAACCGCCAAACACCCGACCUCAUCGCCGCCGCCGCAUCCAGCGAAAUCCGCACCGGAACACGCAUCCCGCUCGACGCUCCACUAGACUUUCAAGGCGAUUUACCCCUUUUUGGCCGCCAAAUCUUCCAUAAACACGUCUACCAGAAGAAACCGCGCAUCGUGCACGACGACACAUGGAGCUUCAACACGCAGAGCAGCAGCCAAUGGGACGGGUUGAGGCAUUUCGGGUAUCAGAAAGCCGAGAGGUUUUAUAAUGAUACGACGGUGGAGGAUAUUGCGGGAAGUGGACCAAAGGGGACAAAGAAUCCGAAUGUACUGGGGAUUCAGAAUGUUGUUGAGCAAGGGGGGAUUAUGGGGAGGGGGAUUUUGGUUGAUUUUCGGCGGUGGAUUGAGGAGGGGCCGGGGAGGGAGGUCGUUGCCGGAGCCGGGAACCACAAUGGCGACGGUAGCAAUGGUAAGACUGGUUUCAAGUUCAGCAGCUUCGAGUCUACACCCAUCAAAUUCGAAUGGUUGCUCGAAACGCUCAAAUGGCAAGACAACACUGUCCCAAAAUACGGCGACAUCUUGAUCGUUCGAUCGGGUUUCUUCAAAAGCUACUAUAAUGCCACCAAAGAACAGCUACAAAUGUUGGCCGAGCAGCAUCCGCCCAGUCUGGGCGGCGUCGAACAGUCGGAUGAAGUGUUGAAAUGGAUUUGGGACAAUUUUUCCGCCGUGGCGAGUGAUCAUCCGAGUUUUGAGCGGUGGCCGUCGCCGCUGGAUUGGAGUAUGCAUGAGGUCCUGUUGGCUGGGUGGGGGUGUCAUAUUGGUGAGUUGUUGGAUUUGGAGGCUCUGAGUAGAGAGUGUAAGAGGUUGGGCAGGUGGUCGUUUUUCGUGGCGAGUGUGCCGUGUUAUGUGCCGGGUGGGGUUGCUAGUCCGGUGAAUGGGGUUGCUAUUUUUUGA